CAGCUCGCGCCCUCCUUGCGCGGGGAAGCAGGUGAAGCGGAGCUAUGGCGACCUCCGGGAGCUGCAGUGGGAGCGGCCGCCAGCCAGAGAGCCGCUCCGGGAGCAGGAGCCCGCAGGCCGGCGGCCGGCGGCGGAAAGGCCCUGGCGCCUUAGCGACGGCCUAUCUGGUCAUCUACAACGUGGUUAUGACAGCUGGGUGGCUUGUUAUAGCAGUUGGUUUAGUUAGAGCAUACCUUGCAAAGGGUAGCUACCACAAUCUCUAUCAUUCAAUAGAGAAGCCUUUGAAAUUCUUCCAGACUGGAGCUUUGCUUGAGAUCCUGCACUGCGCAAUAGGGAUUGUUCCUUCUUCUGUUGUCCUGACUGCUUUCCAAAUCAUGUCAAGAGUUUUUCUGACAUGGGCUAUAACCCACAGUGUAAAAGAGGUGCAAAGCGAAGAUAGCAUCCUCCUUUUUGUGGUUGCCUGGACGAUCACCGAGAUCAUCCGUUACUCUUUCUACACCUUUAGUUUACUAAACCACCUUCCUUAUCUUAUCAAGUGGGCCAGGUAUACUUUGUUCAUCAUACUAUAUCCAAUGGGAGUUACUGGAGAAUUGCUCACAAUAUAUGCUGCUCUGCCCUUUGUCAGGAGAUCUGGUUUAUUUUCUAUUAGUUUACCAAACAAAUACAAUUUCUCAUUUGAUUAUUACACAUUCCUGAUCCUGGUUAUGGUAUCUUAUAUUCCAAUCUUCCCUCAACUGUAUUUUCACAUGCUACAUCAAAGAAGAAAAAUACUUUCUGUUACCGAAGAACACAAGAAAUCUGAGUAACUCCAACUUCUAUUUAGAGCUAUACACACAUACGUGUGCAAACAGAAACCUACCAAAACAUGUAUACUCAAUCCAAGUUAAUAAAUAAUACAGAGUAUUAUUUUGAGAAAGUCAAAAUAAAUAAGUGAUCAACUGCUAAAAGAUUACUAAA